AUGCCGCAGCCGAAAUCACGAAAACUCGCCAUCCUCGGGUACAGAUCCGUAGGAAAAUCAUCAUUGACAAUUCAAUUUGUUGAAGGCCAGUUUGUGGACUCCUAUGACCCUACAAUAGAAAAUACGUUCACCAAAAUGAUCACGAUAAACGGGCAGGAGUACCAUCUGCAGCUGGUGGACACGGCAGGGCAGGACGAGUACUCCAUCUUCCCGCAGACCUACUCCAUAGACAUCAACGGCUACAUCUUGGUCUAUUCCGUCACUUCUAAUAAAAGCUUUGAAGUCGUCCAAGUCAUCCAUGAAAAGCUGUUGGACAUGGUGGGCAAAGUUCAAGUACCAAUUAUGCUGGUCGGAAACAAGAAUGACCUACAUAUGGAGCGAGUAAUCAGCUGUGAAGAAGGAAAAGCAUUAGCUGAAUCUUGGAAUGCUGCCUUCAUGGAGUCCUCAGCUAAAGAAAACCAGACGGCCGUGGAGGUUUUCCGGAGGAUGAUUUUGGAGGCUGAGAAAAUGGAUGGGGGCGUGCAACCUGGAAAGACCUCAUGCUCUGUGAUGUAG